AUGCCUGUCGCCGACAUCAUGCGCGCUUAUCAACUCGGCUCGGCGGCGGCAUGUGUCCCUUCAUCCGCCAGGACCGCCAGGCAGGAGGAUCAUCCUCAUCCUGUCGGAUACCAGUCACACCGAAGGACACAGGGCUCCACUACUACUGUGUGUAGUCAUGCUACGAUAGGUUCCUUCUCAGCCGAUGUCUUAGCCUUCUUUCUACGUCGCAUAAUGUUCUGCUCACCGUGUUCCACCAUCUUGCCGUGUUUCUGUGCCACUUCAUUCUCGAUGGCGUUGGAUUCGGCCUCCCGACCUUCUUCACAUCCAAAAGGGCGAGCUCCAUUCCGCCAUAUUUCAAAGGAUUAUGACCGCGUGGCGCAGUCCACCCUAUGUGGUUCAUUUCAAGUUACCUACGAGCCAUAG